CAGCACUACGCGUCAGUACCGCGCCGGCCGCCAAGUAGGAUGGAUGUGUGUUGCCAUUUUGUCAUCACAACCCCCUCACACCCUGCCCGAUUUACUAGCGAAAGCUGAAUACUGUGCGCGUGUGUAUCCCGAAGCGAAACGACGACAGAUUUGUAUUAGUGUAGUGAGGUGUUUAGUUGGUGUUUCGACAGUUUUGUGUACAAAUAGUGUUGGUGUCGAGGCAAUUUACCUCGGCUGCAGUGAACGACCGGGCGCUAGCACAGGCUCCUGUGCUUUCUAAAGUCGUGCUCAAUCCGACUUGAGUGCUAGCCCACUGACAUUCCAAUAUACAGACGGUGAUGUCGGGAGCGCGGUGCGGCAAGUUACGACAUCUAGCGUUAUAGCCAUACAUUAACAUCAUCAGAGUGGCGGCCUCAGCAUGCUGGGCGCGUGGCUCGCGCUGGCAGCGGUGGCGUGCGCGCAGGCGGGCCCCGGCCCCCCCGGCCCCCUCACCCCCCUCGAGCCGCUGCACUUCGAGUACCCGCUGUACAACCUGACCGUGCCCGAGAACAGCCCCGCGCGCACCGCGGCCGCCGCCCCGCCCGGCGCGCCCGCGCCCGCCCUGCGCCGCCCGCCCGGCACGCGCCUGCGCUUCCGCAUCCGCCACGGCGACAAGGACAAGCUGUUCAAGGUGGAGGAGCGCUGCGUGGGCGAGCUCUGCUUCGCCGUGCUGCGGACGCGCGCCGGCCACGACGUGCUCAACCGCGAGCGCCGCGACCGCUACCGGCUGCAGCUGCGCGCCACCGCCGCCGGGUCCGCCGGCCGCCGCGACGCCGACACCGAGCUCGACCUCACCGUCACCGACGUCAACGACCUGUCGCCGCUGUUCUACCCCACGGAGUACGAGGUGACGGCGCGCGAGGACCUGCCCGCCGCCGCCAGCGUGGCGCGCGUGGCCGCGGACGACGCCGACCUCGGCCGCGCCGGCCAGAUCUACUACAGCCUGGCCGAGCCUAGCGACCAGUUCGCCGUGCACCCCACCAGCGGGGUGGUGUGGCUCACGCGGCCGCUGCGCCACGCCGAGCGCGCGCGGCACGAGCUGGGCGUGCUGGCGCAGGACCGCGCGGCGCUGCUGGCGCGCGGGGCGGCGGCGCCGGCGGCCCGCGCGCGCCUAACCGUGCACGUGGCGCGGGCCAACCUGCACGCGCCCGAGCUGAGCGUGCAACACCUGCCCGAGCUACCCGGCGCGCCCGCCGGCCUGUACGCCGUGCUCACCGCCACGGACCGCGACGAGGGCGAGGCGGGCCGCGUGGCCGCCGUGGACAUCGUGGACGGCGACCCGCACGGGCACUUCCGCGUGCGCGCGCUGCCGCAGCCGGGCCGCUGGGCCGUGCUGCUGCACGCGCUGCGGGACCCGCUGGCCGCGCCGCCGGAGUACAACCUCACCAUCCGCGCGCGCGACGCCGGCCGCCCCCCGCGCGCCGCCUACCUGGCCCUGCCCGCGCGCCCCGCGCCCCGCGCCGCCGCCGCGCCCGUGUUCAGCAAGCAGCUGUACGAGGUGGCCGUGCCGGAGACGGCGCCGCCGCACACGCCGCUCGUGCGCCUGAAGGUGGCGGAGCGCGCGGGGGCGGGGGCGGGGGCGGGGGCGGCGCGCACGUCCAUCGAGAUCGUGGGCGGCAACGAGGGCGGCGAGUUCCUGGUGCACGCGGAGUCGGGCGUGCUGUACACGGCGGUGCGGCUGGACGCGGAGCGCCGCGCCGCCUACACGCUGACCGUGGCCGCCGUGGACCAGGGCGCCGCCGCCGCGCGCGACCAGAGCUCCGCCAAGGUGCAGGUCACCGUGCUGGACGCCAACGACAAUGACCCGGUGUUCGACCCCCCGGCGCUGGAGGUCACCGUGCGCGAGAACGAGCCGGCGGGCGCCCUGGUGGCGCGGGCCGCGGCGCGCGACGCCGACUCCGGCGAGGCCGCCUACCUGUCCUACAGCCUGGCCGACCUCACGCCCGUGCCCUUCACCGUGGAGCACUUCACGGGCGCCGUGCGCACCGCGCGCCGCCUGGACUACGAGAGCAUGCGGCGCGUGUGGCGCCUGCGCGUGCGCGCCAGCGACUGGGGGCAGCCGCACCGCCGCCAGGCCGAGCUGGCGCUCACCGUGCGCGUGCUGGACGUCAACGACAACCGGCCGCAGUGGGAGCGCGCGGCGUGCGCCGGCCCCCUCCCCCGCCGCACCCCCCCGGGCUCCCCGCUGGCCACGCUGUCGGCGCUGGACCCGGACGCGGGCGACGUGGUGUCGUACCGGCUGGCGGGCGGCAACGACGACGGCUGCUUCGCGCUGGACGCGGCGUCGGGCGCGCUGAGCCUGGCCUGCGACCUGCGCGACGCGCGCGCCGACACGCGCGUGCUCAACGUCACCGCCACGGACGGCACGCACUUCGCGGACGCCACCACGGUCACCUUCCACCUGACGGCGGGCGGCGGCGGCGCGCUGGAGUGCCGCGACACGGGCGCCGCGCGCCGCCUCGCGGAGCUGCUGGCGGCCGCGGCGCGCGCCAACCAGCCGCCCGACCCCGCCGACGAGUUCCCCGCGCUGCCCUCGCGCUACGGGGACAACCUGCACUCGCCCGAGUUCGUCGACUUCCCCGUCGAGGUCAAGGUCAACGAGUCGGUGGCGCUGGGCACCACGCUCGUCACUCUCAAGGCGCGCGACCGAGACCUCGGCUACAACGGGCUGCUGGUGUUCGCGAUCUCGGACGGCGACUACGACUCUGCGUUCCGCGUGGACCCCAGCUCCGGCGCGCUGCAGCUGAUCGGCUACCUGGACCGCGAGCGCGAGGCGGAGUACUUCCUGAACGUGACGGUGUGGGACCAGGGGGCGCCGCCGCGCGCCGCCUCGCGCCUGCUGCCCGUCACCGUGCUCGACGUCAACGACAACAAGCCCGUGUUCGCGCGAUCACUCGCCAGUCUACGCGUCACCGAGAACGCACUCAACGGUACAGCGGUAUUCCAUGCGCAUGCAACAGACGCCGACGCCGGGAUAUUCUCCGAGAUCACCUACAGCGUCUCUGGGGCAGACGCAGGCGAAUUCUGCAUCGAACCCAAGGAAGGGACGCUGCUAGUCUGCGCACCGCUAGACCGAGAGAGAAGGGAGCUGUACGAGCUUACAAUCACGGCGACUGACGGUGGAGGGUUAAGGAGUGAAGCUAUAGUGAGAGUUACAGUGGAUGACAUCAACGACGUGGUCCCGCACUUCGCGCUGCCGGGAUACAACGCGAGGAUACGAGAGGAUGUUCCAAUAGGUACGGUGGUGGCGGUGGUGGAGGCCAUCGACCCGGACCUGGGCGCCGGCGGCGUGCUGACCUACUCGUUGCCCGACCAGUCCAGCGACGACGUCGUGUUCACGAUCGACGAGUCGUCCGGGACGCUGCGAACAGCUAAAUUUCUCGACUACGAGGAACGACAGGUGUACGGCAUCCUAGUCCGCGCGACAGACGGCGGUCUCCCAGCUCUAUGGGCAGAAGCCACCCUCAUAGUGGAGGUCCUGGACGUGGAUGAGAACCAGCACGACCCCCAGUUCGCGGACUUCGUUCUAGAAGCUUCGGUCCCUGAGGAUGCGCCGCGCGGGACCAGUGUCAUCACUGCUGCGGCUAAGGAUGCCGACCCGCCGGGCCGCGACUCCCGGCUCAUCUACUACGUGGUCGGAGGCAGCGGCAUGGGGUACUUCUCCGUCGAUGAUGCAGGAGUGGUCCGCACGCUGGCCCCGUUGGACCGCGAGGCGGUGCCCUCGUACUGGCUCACCAUCUGCGCCGAGGACCACGGGCUGGUCCCGAGGCACUCUUGUGUACAGGUGUACAUCGAAGUGACAGACAUCAACGACAACGCGCCCUGGCCGCAACGAGCGCUCUACUCCGCGAGCAUCCCGGAGCAGGCGGCCGGCGGCACGCACGUGGCCACCGUCACCGCCGAGGACCUGGACGACGCCGGGAAUGUCUCCUACAGGAUUGUCGCUGGCAACCCUGAUGGACUGUUCUCGAUUGAUGAGCUUACUGGUACAAUAGUAACGACCGGGCGCACGCUGGACCGGGAAGCUUCCCCCUCCCAUGCACUAGAAGUGCAGGCAUCAGACGGGGAGCUGGCGUCCAGCGCCAGGGUCCAAGUCACAGUGGCCGACAUCAACGACCACGCGCCGGCUUUCACUCAGCGCUUCUACCAGCUCCGGGUGCCCGUCACGCCGGGGCUGCAGCUGGGGCUGCCGCAGGGCGACGCGGCGGCCGACGACGAGCUCAGCACCGAGUCCGAUGUGGAGAGCGAGGACGAAGACGAGGGCUCGGGCGAGAAGCUAAGCUGGGACAUGUUUGAAGAGCCAGCCGCAAGCGACGUCUACGUCGGCACGGUGCUAGCCCUAGACCCGGACGCAGGGCUCAACGGUACAGUCCGCUACACGGGGCGCGCGCGCGGCAGCCGGGCCCUCCGUGUCCACGCCACCACGGGCCGACUGUACGCCGUCACCGCGCUUAAGAUCGGCGGGGUUUAUGAUCUUACUGUCCGUGCAUGCGACGGCGGCGGCCGCUGCGGCUGGGCCCGCGUGGCUGUCCGCGGCGCCCCCCCCGGCUCCGGCGCGCCCCCCCGCCUGCCCCCGCCGCCCCCCCUGCAGGUGGCGGAGCUGGACUCGCCGGGGUUCCUGCUGGCGCUGCUGCAAGCGGAGGAUGAUGAGGGGGACACGCUGUAUUAUGAUAUUGUUGACGGCGACCCCCGCUCGGAGUUCCACAUGGGGCGCGAGGACGGGUCGCUGGUGCUGGCGCGCCGGCUGCUGUGGGAGCGGCAGGCACUCUACACCCUCAACAUUAGUGUCAGCGACGGACUGAAUACUAUUUAUACACCUGUAAACAUAACAGUAGUAAACGACCUAAACGAAGGCGGCCUGACAUUCUCGCAAGAACAGUACACGAUAGAAGUGGACGAAGACACUCGAGUGGGGGCCGCUCUGGCCGCCGUCCAUGCUGGCCCCCCGGGCGGCGGGGACCGGGGGCUCCGAGUCCUCUAUGGGAUACUGGCAGCAAGGGCCCCAGCCUCUAUGCCACUGUUCCGACUGCAAGAGUUGUCUGGUGUCUUGGAGUUGGCUCAACCGCUUGACAGAGAAACAUCCUCACGCCACGAGCUAACAAUCUGGGCCCGCGACAGCGCCCCCCGCGCUUCCCGCGCCUACGCCCGCCUCACCGUCAUCGUCAAAGACAUCGACGAACACCCUCCAGAAUGGGGCCGACGCCUAGCCGAGGCCCGCAUCCCUUCAACUGCUCCUAUUGGCUCUUCAGUUAUAACUUUACAGGCUACGGAUAGAGAUUUUGGGGAGAACGCGCGGAUAACAUACUCUUUAGCCGGUGGAGACGCAAGCGGUUCAUUUGAAGUGGAUCCGUUGUUAGGGGAAGUCCGUCUGGCUCGUGAGUUGCCGGUGGGAGUUAAGGAGUAUACUCUGAGUGUACGGGCAGCCAACCCGCCGCCCGCCGCGCGCGCCGCCACGCUGCCGCUGCAUGUGAUUGUCGUGGAGCCGGAUAACGCGCCGCCUGUCUUCACCACCCCCUCAAUAACGUCGGAGGUCUACUCCGACGCGGCGAUUGGCACGUCCCUAGCCGUGGCCGAGGCACGGUCCUCCUGCUCAGUACAAUACUCUCUGCGCGGGGCUGAGGGCCGGUUCAGAGUGAACCCCGCGGCCGGGCAGAUAGCCACAGCGGCGAUAUUGUCGAGGAGUAAAUUCCCACACGAGGAGAAGAGAGCGCCUGCGACGCAAGUGACGCCCCAGUUUUGGGUGGUCGCUACUAAUAUGGGCGGCGGCACCUCCGAGAUCCCGGUCACAAUCCACGUGUUAGAACGCAACGAGUACCCGCCGCAGUUCACGCAGCGGGAGUACCGGGGAAGAGUCUCUGAAGCGGCUGAGACUGGCGCUUUGGUGUCGGAACAGGGUUCCCCAGAGCCGCUAGUGCUAACCACAGAAGACGGUGACUCGCCAGCCAAUCAGCAGAAGGCAUUCGAAGUGCUAGACCCUGACGCAGCCAGAGUUUUCACUAUCAACCCGACGACUGGUGCUGUUGUACUGAGAGAGAGUCUGGACUAUGAGACCCAGCCACGAUAUGAGUUUACUGUUAAGGUAUUAGACAUGGGCACACCUCGCCUCACAUCCGACAGCGUGGCGACCGUCAUAAUCGACGUCAUCGACGUAAACGACUGUGCACCCAAGUUCCCAGAAUCGACCUACACCACCACCAUCCUACUACCAACCGCUAAGGACGUCCUCGUCAUAGAACUACUAGCCAUAGACGCUGAUUCUACUAAACAGACCAUAAAGUACGAUAUCAUAGAAGGCGACGAAGCCGGAGCGUUUAGACUAGAACAGAGCGGGAAAUUAUUAGUGGAUAAACCAGAUGUUUUGAACGAGGAGUAUAAGCUGAGGGUCAGGGCGUCGGACGGGGAGUAUUCUAGUACCACAAGGGUUCGGGUCACGGUGCGAACGCCGGAGCCAGCCGGGCUCGCGUUCCAGAAGACGGAUUACUACGUGUCGGUGGUGGAGAACUCUACGAAGCCGGUGACGGUCGAAGUCUUGAACGUGCUGGGCGCGGCGUUGAAUGAGCAUGUCGAGUUCAAGAUAUUGAACCCGGUUGAAGGGUUUCAGAUGGGCAUAACAUCAGGCGCAGUGACCGCCGGUACAAUCCCGCUCGACCGGGAAGAGCGUUCAUCCUACAUCCUUCUAAUAUCCGCCCGGAGUGUGGGCGCGCUGGGUGGCCCGGGUGAGCGAGUGGCCCACACCCGGCUGCACAUAUCCGUGACGGAUGUCAACGACAACUGCCCCGUGUUUGUGGAGAAGCCCUAUGUUGCUGCGGUCCGUGCGGGCGACCCGCCUGGGACGCAUGUGAUCAAAGUGCACGCCAUCGAUGCAGAUGAUAAUGAUAAUGGAGAGGUCCGUUACGAGAUGAAGCGCGGCCACGGCGAGCUGUUCCACGUGGACCGGCGGUCCGGCCUCGUGACGCUGAAGCAGACGCUGGACUCGCACAGACAGGCCUACGAUCUGGUUAUUGCUGCGUUUGAUGGAGGUAUCCGCGCCUGCGGCUCGGAGGCCGCCGUGACGGUGCGCGUGUGGGCGGGCGGCGCCUCCCCGUCCUGGGAAUCCCCACAAAUCACCCUUCAGGCCAAGGAGCUGUACACGGGGCCGCUGGCGCCGGCGCUGCGGGCCGUGUCGCCGCUCCAGAGACAGCUUAUAUAUACGCUGUUGCAGCCCGAGGAUAAUUCGAACUUCGAGCUGCAGUUUGAUACUGCUCAUGUCCGAGGCAAUAGUCCAUGUAUCAUCGUAAUAUCGUCGCCACUAGACUACGAGUCUGCUCGCACGCACACUCUGACAGUUCGCGCGACAGAUGGCGUCACUGGCGCUCACGCUGACGUCGGAGUGACAGUUGAAGUGACAGAUGUCAACGACUGUGCGCCAGAGUUCACUAAGGACAUGUAUAGAGCUACUGUCAGUGAGGCGGCGGCGGUUGGAGACUUGGUUAUAGUGGUGAAGGCUACUGAUAAUGAUACUGGUCUAAACGGUGAGAUCGUCUACUCAAUAACCGGCGACUGGAACACGUCCAAGCCCUUAUUCUACAUGGACAGUUCCGGCGGCGUCCGCGUGGCGGCGCCACUUGACCGCGAGCGCAGCCCUGCGCACCACGCCACCGUCACCGCGGCGGAUAGGGGCAACCCUAGCAAGCUCACUAGCAACCAUCUGUUUAUUACUGUGGAAGACGUGAACGACAACCCGCCCCGAAUGGAGCGCUCUGUCCUAUCAGCCGUGGUCUCCGCCGAGGCGGCCCGAGGCACCGCCGUCACCGCCGUCUCGGCUUACGACCCUGACUCCAACGACUCCGACAAACUACGCUACGCCAUCGCGUCCCACGACCCUCACCACACGUUCAGCAUUGACAGCAAGACUGGCGUGAUAAGCUUGGCUAACCCUAGAGCUUGGGCGUUGUUUGCUGGUUCGAGUAACUCGAUGAGUUUGAAUGUGUCGGUGUCGGAUGGGGCUCAUGCGGUGUUUGCAAGGGUUAAGUUGUCUCCGGCGCCGGCUAACACAAAGGCGCCGCAUUUCCAGCAUUUGCUUCAUGAGGCGCGGGCGAUGGAGAAUCAGCCGCCGCCGCUGUUGUUGACCACGGUGAAAGCAUAUGACGAAGACGCCGGCGAAUACGGCUCCAUAACCUACUCCAUACCCUCGGCUCUACUGCGAGAAACAUUCGGAGUAGACCCCCGCAGCGGCGCGCUCAGUGCCAACGUGCCGCUGGACAGAGAGGCCCGGGCGGAGUGGCUGGUGCCCAUCACUGCUAGCGAUGGAGGAGGCCUGCUUCGCCACACGACCGUCCGCGUCCGCGUCGCAGACGUGAAUGACAACGCUCCCGUGUUCCCCCACAAAGAAUACCGCGCCUCCCUCCGCCCCUCCCGCGCCCCGCUCGCGCCCUUCCUCACACUCACAGCUUUAGAUGCGGAUGAGGGAGACAACGCUAUGAUUAAGUACUCCAUCUUCGAUGAGGAAGAGACGAAAGGGUUCUUUCAUGUGGAUGAGGGGACUGGUGCGCUGUCGUUGGCUAAGAAUAUUUCGCGUUUUGUGGGUCGCGACGUGAACCUCUGGAUCCGAGCCACCGACGGCGGGGGGCUAACAGCCGAGGCCCCGGUCACGGUGUCAGUGCUCGCCCCCUCUGUUGCCGCCCCCGCGACGUCGCCGCCCCCGCCCGACCUGUUCCUGCCUGAGGACGCCGCCCCCGGGACGGUUAUUGUGGAGCUACCGGCUGGAGAAGCUACGUAUAGAUUGGCGGAAGGUCUCUGGAGUCCGGAGUUGUUUGAGAUGGACGCGAGAGGAAGGCUUACGCUCACCGGCGUUCUGGACCGCGAGACCGCGCCGCUUCAUCGGAUCGGCAUAAUCUCCACCACCGGCGGCGUCUCAUCCAUGUACGAGAUCCGUCUUCACGUCUUAGACGUGAACGACCACCCGCCCGCCCUGCACCAGCCCUACCUCGUGCAGCUGGGCGAGACCGCGCCGCCCCGCAGCGCCGUGCUGCAAGUAAUGGCCGAAGACCCGGACGCCGGCUCCAACGGCGAGGUCCGCUUCUCCAUCGCAGAACCCUCCUCCUCCCCAUUCACACUGGACCCCUACUCCGGCUGGCUUCAGACCAGUGGACCGCUGGACCGGGAGACGCAGGCUGAACAUCGCUUGACUGUGUUAGCUGCUGAUGCAGGGACCAAUAGACUGACGUCCCGCGGCACGGUGGUAGUCCGGCUCCGCGACUACAACGACUGCGCGCCGCAGUUCUCUCAACCCCACUACUACGCGGAGGUGGGGGAGGAGGCGCCGCCGGGGACUGUUGUUAUUAAGCUGGAGGUGACAGACCCAGACCUGGCCACCACGCCUCUCUCCUUCUACAUAUCCGACGGGGACCCGACCAGGCGCUUCGCCGUCCGGCCCACGGGCGAGGUGUUGGUGGCGGCGAGGCUGGAUCGCGAGGCGCGAGCGGCACAUAGCCUGACUGUGCUGGCUACUGAUGGCAAGUUCAGCCAGACUGCCAGGCUGGAUAUAAACGUGACUGAUUAUAACGACAACCCUCCAUACUGCCUGCGGCACCGUUACACCUCCAUGGUCAGUGAGGACGCAUCUCCCGGCUACUCUCUACUCACGGUGGAAGCCAGUGAUGAUGAUGAGCCGCAGAAUGCGAGGCUCCGGCAUUACCUGACUGGAGAGGGGGCCCAGCACUUUGCUAUUAAUAAGGAAACCGGUCGCGUAUCCGUAGCCUCAGCUCUAGACCGAGAGACCAUCCCCCUCUACCAUCUCCAAGCUCACGUGCAAGACAGAGACAAGCCGGACUGGGAGUGCGUGUCCGAGCUGCAGAUUCACGUCGCAGACGUCAACGACAACGCACCCGUCUUCACCGCACUACGUUACUCUGUGACGCUACCUGAAGACGCAGAACUGGGGACUCUGGUUGCCAAAGUGCACGCCACAGACGCUGACCUAGGACCGAAUAGACUGCUGAAGUAUUCGCUAAUUGAUGAUAAUAAUGGCGCUUUCGAUUUGGCGGAAGAUAGUGGUAUUAUAACGCUAAGAGCGCUGUUAGAUAGAGAGACCGCGUCGUCGCAUCGAUUGACGGUGAAAGCGCAAGAUUCGGGCGAACCGCCACGCUCCGCUACGGCUAUAGUGUUAUUGACUGUUGCAGAUGUCAACGAUAAUCCUCCGGAAUUCGAGUUCCAAAGGUAUACGGCGACUGUCCCGGAAAUGGACGCCGUAGGAACUGUCAUAGUUAGAGUCAUGGCCACGUCCAAAGACACUGGCGUCAACGCUGAGGUUUAUUACUCGAUUGUCGGAGGCAAUGAGAGGGGAGAUUUUAUAAUCGACCGAGCGACCGGAGCUAUUAGCAUCGCUAAGCCUUUGGACUAUGAACGCAAUAAAGAGUACAUACUAACAGUGCAGGCUAUAGACGGAGGGUCGCCGCCUUUGAGCGACCACGCCACUGUGAACAUCACUGUUAUUGACUGCAACGACAACGCGCCCAUCUUCUCUCAAGCUUCGUACGGAGCUCGAGUGAAAGAAGACUCGCCCGUCGGCAGUAACGUGCUGCAAGUCAUCGCGCUAGACGAAGAUGCGGGCGAAAAUGGAAGAGUCCAGUACUCUAUAGCUCGAGGAAAUCGCGAUGGAAGAUUCGCUAUUGAUAUAGAUACAGGGUAUAUCUCGCUAAUAGCUCCAUUGGAUCGAGAGACGGUGCCGGCGUAUGUGAUAGAAGUGCGAGCGAAAGACCGAGGCACGCCUGUCAUGCAAGCUUCAGCUACCGUCAAUCUAGAAGUGCUAGACGCCAAUGACAAUCCGCCUAAAUUCUCUCAAGAAAACUACACAUGUGUGGUGCAAGAAGGCAGGCCCUUAGGUCAUGCAGUGUUGGAGCUGAAAGUGAUAGACGCAGACGCCCCGCCUAAUGCUGCGCCGUAUACAUUCGACUUUCAAACCGGGAACGAAGGAGGGGCUUUCAGACUUGAACAAGAUGGCGUCUUGCGGACUGCGACCAGGUUCAAUCACAGGAUCAAAGAUCGGUAUAUUUUACAGAUCCGUGUAUUCGACAACGGCACUCCCCCUCUGUAUUCCGACGCGUGGGUCACAGUGCGGGUCAUAGAAGAGUCACAAUACCCGCCCAUAGUGAUACCUCUUGAAGUCGUCGUCAUGUCAUACUUGGACGAAUUCCCCGGAGGAAUCCUGGGAAGAGUCCACGCUUCUGACCGGGACGCUUAUGACACGUUAACCUGGACUUUAUCACCGACAGAGGGCGCUCUAUAUCCGGCUACAGAUCUGUUCGAUUUAGACGCUAAAGACGGCACCUUACGAGCGGCUCCCAGACUAGACGUGGGCGACUACAAGUUGAAUGUGACAGUGAGCGAUGGAAAGUUCAUGUCAGCCGCAUCAGUGCAUGUAUCAGUGGUUCUAGUUACCAAUGAGAUGUUAGCACAAUCCGUCGUGAUAAGAUUCAGAGAAGUUACCGAUACAGACUUCGUGCUAUCCCACAGAAAGGGUUUCAUUCGCGCGGUAAGAGAAGCUAUGGACUGCGCGCCUAACGACGUCGUCAUCAUCAGCGUACAACCAAGCGGCGAUGACGUCAACGAACUACCUAGAAACAAACGACAAAUCGCGCAAGACCUAGACGUGCUAUUCGCCGUGCGAUCCGGAGCGGAAUGGGCGUCCGCCGAGGAAAUAAGACGUCGAUUACACGCGCAUUUAGAAAGACUGGAAGAACUAACUCGAUUAGUAGUAGAAGAGUUGGUUAGAGCGGCUUGCGGCGGUUGCAUUCGGGGGCAGUGUGUAGAAACGGCUGAGUUAGGGUCCAACACGCGUGGGGCGGCGGCUGAUGUUUUCGCGCUAGUGGCGCCCUCUCAUAGACUGAAAGCUUCUUGCGUCUGCCCAGCGGGAUCUGAGGGAGAUAGGUGCGAGCGUCCAGUGGCGCCGCCACAGCCGUCCUGCCCUGAUUGUCAGACUUCAGUCGCGUAUUUCGAUGGUGAAAGCUACGCGUUGUAUCAGAUGAGUGAAGCUACUCGUACGUUUGAAGAUGAACUGGAGAUCACGGUGCGGUUCCGCACGCUGGCCCCGGCCGGGACUCUGCUGGCUCUGAUCGGGAAGAUCGACUAUCUGGUGCUCGAGAUCGUGGAUGGAUAUGUGCAGGUCCGCAUGGAGCUAGGCUCCGGCCCAGUCGAGGCACGAACCUCAGCCUCGAUCUCCGACGGCGCGUGGCACUCGGCCCGAGUACACCGGCGCGGCGACACGGUCCGCGUCUCGGCGGACCGGCAGCACGCGGCGGCCCGUGUCGCCCCGCCCGCCGCCGUGCUAGACCUGCCGCGGCAGCAGAUGUAUGUGGGCGCGUUUAUGGAGCGGCAUGCUCAUGCUGAUGCGCCGUUGCAGGUGACUCGCGGCUUCGUCGGCUGCAUCUCCGAGCUGCGCCUCGGCGACGCCCCCCUCCCCCUGCACGCCGCCCCUCCCCCCGCCGCCCCCGCGCCCACCGCCGGCCCCCUGGCGCGGGCGGUACGUGUGCGUACGUCGCCGCAGUGCCCGCCGCUGCCGCCGCCUAAUGCGUGCUCGGAGUAUCCGUGUCUUAAUGGCGGCACGUGCCUCCCGACCCUGACCUCGCCUGCCUACACUUGCACCUGCCACGCGCGCUACACCGGCGUGCACUGCGAGGUGGACCUAGCCCCGUGCGCUGGGCGGCCCUGCCUGCACGGCGGGCACUGCGCCCCGGCGGACACCGAGCGCGGGUACGCCUGCGCCUGCACAGCCCCCGCCUAUGGGGAUAGGUGCGAGAAGGGGAGGUUCUGCUUUGGGGAUAAUGUAUGCGACAACGGAGGCACCUGCGAAGAAGGCUCCUUCGGGCCGUCCUGCCGCUGCCGCGGGUACUGGGGCCCGCGCUGCCAACACGACGUGGACGAGUGCGCUGGCGAGCCCUGCGCAGAGGGCGCCACUUGUAUCAACGAACCUGGGGGGUACAGAUGUGCCUGCCCCCCUGGGAAAACUGGGGAACAUUGUGGCAACCCACUUACGACAGAGCCCUGCGGUGAAGGGUCCCUCGGGCCGUCCUGCCGCUGCCGCGGGUACUGGGGCCCGCGCUGCCAACACGACGUGGACGAGUGCGCCGGCGAGCCCUGCGCAGAGGGCGCCACUUGCGUCAACGAACCAGGGGGGUACAGGUGUGCCUGCCCCCCUGGGAAGACUGGGGAGCAUUGCGGGAAUCCGCUUACUACCGGCUCCUUCGGGCCGUCCUGCCGCUGCCGCGGGUACUGGGGCCCGCGCUGCCAACACGACGUGGACGAGUGCGCCGGCGAGCCCUGCGCAGAGGGCGCCACUUGUAUCAACGAACCUGGUGGUUAUAGGUGUGCCUGCCCCCCUGGGAAGACUGGGGAGCAUUGCGGGAACCCGCUUACUACCGGAGCGGUGCUAUCAGCGGACAACAUCGCGUCCUCCCCGGGCGUGCUCUGGCUGUGGCUUCGCUCCGUCGGCUGGCCGCUCUACGCCGCCGCCGCCGCCGUCAUCAUCUUACUACUGUUACUAUCCCUCCUACCACUACUGUGCCGACGCAAGCGACGCGAAACCAUCACCAAAGACGUGCCACUAAAUAGUCAUCUAGUCGAGAAGCUACCGACAAAGAUGUCAAAUCUAGUAGCGGAUAGAAGGGAAAGACCAGCGUCUUGCGCGUGCGAACCACAAGCGUUGAAUAAUGCGGAUACGUUGAGGAGUUAUGGCUCGGCUGGUGAUGAGCUGGAGGGGAUGCCCCCGGAUUACUUGAGGAAUCUGAAUAUAGACCCGCCGGACCGCAAGCCGUGGUCCGAGCAGAUGCAUCUGCACACGUUCACGGAUAACAAGAUUUAUAAUGAUCUAAAAGGCGUCAAAUCAACCUGCCCCCCGUCCCCAUCAGCGGCUGGGCGGGCGGGGCGGCGGCGCGGCGGCGGCGGCGACCUGGUGGGCGGCUACCACUGGGACUGCUCCGACUGGUGCGCCGCCAGCCCCGCGCUGCCCGCCAUCACUGAGGUGACAGUGGGCGAGCGGCGCGACUCCACGUCGCCGUCUUCAGGCCCGCGCCCGCGCCCCCCGCCCGAGUACGACACUUCCUCAGGAAUGGGGGACGAUGACACCAGAUACGAGUUCACUGAUGCCUCCGCCUACCUAGUGCACCCAGACGCCUACCUGCCCCGCGAGGACGACACGGGCGGCGACCGCGACGACACGCUCCGCGCCCGCACCCUGCGCGAGCCGGACGCCGCUAGCCUUAUCACCAUGCUGGAAGAACGCAACUCCCUUCUCGAUGACGACGACCGGUCUACCACCAGCGACGCAUCAGCACGACUAUGCGAGAUCGAGGAGUCUGACGCGGAGGAGACCACGCCCCUGCGCGACCCCGGGCCAAUCAACUCGCCCCUGCGCGACGCCGGGCCAAUCAGCGCAUUCGGCUCACGAGACUCCGCCCCCCGCGCGAGGCAAACCGACGUGUGACGUCAUCAAACGACUGACUAGCGCUAAGACCAGCGGUGGGAACGGGCCGGCUAUGUCUUGCCUUCUCUCUUUGUGAACUGUGUGAUACUUGACUAUUGUAACGCUCUGAACUAGGAUACUGUUUUGAGAAAUGUUGGAAUGGAUAGCACACGUUGUUUGUAAGAUAUUAUUGUAGACUUAUUGUUGUUUUGUUAACUGGGAAUCAUAUCCCAGUAAAAUCGUGUGCGGACAAAGUGCCAUAGCAAAUCUGAGUCAACACUUUUUACAUUUUCUAGUAGCGAGUUUUCUCAAGACAGUAUUCUUGGCCAGAGUGUCCAACCUCGCAUUUAUAUCAGGCUGACAGUUUCUUAACAUGUACCUGACUAGUACCGUUGUAUUAAAUAUGAACAAAAGCCGAUGCCGGUGUUCCACUGCUAUCCCUGCUUCCUCUACUUACUUUAAAACAGAUUUGAGUGAGGGGGAUAGCGUUGUAUUGCUGUCCCAUUCACUCAACAGCUUUAAAGUAAGCGAGGAUUGUAUUGUGCUUACUCUCGCAACCGCCUCGGCAGCCAUUGACCAAAUACUCGAGUCAUAAUAACUGUAUUACCAUGACGAUCUCUCUCGCAAUGUAUUCAUCACAAAUAUUUAUUCACACUGGUUGACCGAAGCGGUUGUGAGCGAAAGACAAUUACCCUUACCCGUAGUAUAUUACUACCCCUAGUAUGUAAGUUACGUUAUGUACCUAUAUAUAGCUCUAAUAAUAAAUAAUGUAGAUAGGUAGUCAAAUAUUGUGUAUAACUAACUGUAUAAAGAAUGAUAUUACAAAUUUGUAAUUUACUUAAAACAGUAUGAAUUGUGCUAAGUAUGUAAUUUAUUUAUAAUGAUGCAUUUAUUUAGUAAGCACGGUGAUUUGAAUAUGACUUUGUUAAGUUUGAUUUGAUCCAUCGCACGUGUAGGUAUCAAUGUCAUUAUUAUUCAUGUAUUAACAUUUCAUUAUGAUUGGGAGUGAGUCUAUAAUGUUGAUAAAACAUUGAUCAGUGAGAUUCGUUAGUAAAUGUAAGUAAUGAAAGAAUGACUUUUUAUACGUAUGUUAAACAUGUAUGAAUGAUAAUGGCGAAUAUGAUGAAAUUAUUGUUUCAAUAUUUGAAUGACCGCGCUUACUAAACUAACAAACUGUUGUGAAUGUCUCUACAUAUUGACAGGGUGCUUCGGAUAUAGGAAAAAAGGCUAAAUCAAACGCAUCAAUGUCGAAUGUAGUCCCUAGACUCCUAGACAUAAGGCCCUACCUUAGCCUAUAGAUAUAAGUUUUUAUGGAGAAGAUCAGUAACAGUGGUAUUAUCUCACAUGCAAAAAUUUCAUUAAAAGUGUGUCGAUUUACACUCAUUUAGAUUGAAAUAUAAAAGUACUAGGUGUAAUUUUCAUACGUAAAAAUCACAUAAGUAAUUAAAAAAUACAGAAGUAUUGUAACUUACAUAAGUAUAGAUUUGUAAAUCCCACUGUAACUGAAUUUCUAGUUUAAAAGCAACACUACAUACCACAAGUACAGAAAACUUAUAAGUACAUAAUCAUAGUAAAUAUUUAAUUGUAAUAGAUUAGCCGAUGGAUUCGUCAAUCCCUGUCUCUCUACUAACUCAUAUAUCUGACUCUCUGAGAGGGUGUAGGACCAUUGCAUACCGACCGGGGGCCCUACUAUGAUAUGGCGAUUAUGAAAUGUCUGCCGUGUUGCCUCUAGCUAUUUCAAAUGGUUAACCACGUCUUCCGCACAUCCGAAUGAGCGUUGUCAAUAGUGCUAUUUAUGAAUAUGAAUGUAAGGAUUAUUUUGAAUGUAAAUUCGUUAAGUUCUCAAUGGUACUUCUUCUAUAGGGUCUUUACUACCCUGUUUUCGCUUUGAAACGUAUUGAUCGAGGGUUCAUAGUAGCGGCGCCGCGACGGUCGGACCACACACAGUUUCCACCCGAUGUUUUCCUCAAACAUAUAACUUACUAACUUAAUACUUUAUACUAACAUUAAAAUGGUGCUCUGAUUAUAGAUUCAUAUCAUAAUUAUAAACUAUGCAUUUAUAAUACAUUCUCCUCGUAGAUCCAAAGUGAUCGGGUAAGGAUUCUAUUUUUUAUAUGUAAAGAAAGUAUAAAUGAGUAUAUCAUGUCGUUGGACAUUGACCCGUCAACAGUAAAAUGAGAUUUUAGGAUUAUAUUGUAAAAACGCCUAGUUACCUACUUUUAUCUCAUAAAAUCUGCUCAUAUCGAUUAAUCUUCAAGAAUUUAAUUAGUUCGUUCUUCUAACGCUGCGAUGUGCGGCGCCACUGAGCUUGAGCUAUGAAUAAUCUAAAACCUCAUUUUAAAGUUGACGCGGCCCAUCCCUUCUUCCCUUGUGCUGUAAUCUUUUUCACAAACAUUGUGUUCAGUAUAAGAAAAAAUGCAAUUAUUUAUCGCAUGUACAUAGAAUGUAUUGAUAGAAUUUUUAGUAAUUUAAAGUGAAGCUAAUACCCAUAAUAUGCCAUAUUGUCUGAAAAGUUUAAGGAUCUUCUUGUUUAUGACUUAACCGUAUAUUAAAUGUGCACCUUCCAGAAUUUAGUCUACCAACGUACCCAGCAACUUUGUAUUAUUUAUUGUAUCUAAAGGAAGACCAAUAGGAUUUGUAUUUAUUUUAAUGCUUUUAGAAAUAUAAGAAUGAAACUAUA